AGAAUUAUCAGCAAGAAGAUAAUCAUCGCAAACAAAUGGACAGCCGGCCAAAAGUUGACCGAUCGAUCAAUUCUGAGCGAUGAGAUGGCAGCUUUCUGUGCAGAAUACCCUAUAUAUUACGUGAAAGAGUUGGAGGAUACCAUGACAGUGUCCAAGAUUCAAACAAACGGUAGAAAAAAUCGAAAACGACGACAGCUAGGGGGAUAUGUUUCACUCGCCGAGUAUGUGUGCGAUGGUGGAAUAGCCGAUCCUUUCCAUUCCGACGACUUUGCAAGAUGCCUAAACGAAGGGAAGAUUUGGCAAGUGAGAUGCAGAAUAACUUCGCGUACUUGCUAUCAGAUAGUGGUUUGCUCAACGUUUUACGACUGUCAUAAGCAGCACCUAACUAAUACUAUUUUUUGCUGCGAAUAUAUUUGCAAGCAACACCCCAAUGCAGUGGGCGAGGUUGUCUCCAAUUAAAUUUGUUUUAUAAGCGUUACAUUUCCUCAUACAAAUCCCUAUAUUUACGAUAAAGUAAGUACUUUCUCUCGUUAAAGAGGACACACUCAGGUCCCUCUCUGUUCGUAAUAAACAGGGAGGAUCCA